AUGAGGCCUGAGAACCAGAGCAGCCUGUCCGAAUUCGUCCUCCUGGGGCUCCCCAUCAAUCCAGGGCAGCAGAGCGUGUUCUUUGCCCUGUUCUUGGGCAUGUACCUGACCACAGUGCUGGGUAACCUGCUCAUUAUCUUGCUCAUCAGGCUGGACUCCCGCCUGCACACACCCAUGUACUUCUUCCUCAGCCACUUGGCCCUCACUGAUGUCUCUUUCUCAUCUGUCACUGUUCCCAAGAUGCUGAUGAACAUGCAGAAUCAUCACUUCUUCAUUUCCUACCCAGGAUGUAUUUCUCAGCUGUAUUUUUAUAUAUUUUUUGGUUGUACUGAUAAUCUCCUUUUGGCAGUGAUGGCAUAUGACAGGUACGUGGCCAUCUGUCAUCCUCUACACUAUAACACCAUCAUGAGGGAGGAGUUGUGUGUGCUGCUGGUGGCUGCCUCAUGGAUUACUACAUGUGCCCAUGCACUGUUGCACACCAUCCUCUUGGUCCGACUCAUGAGGCCUGGGAACCAGAGCAGCCUGUCCGAGUUCAUCCUCCUGGGGCUCCCCAUCCCUCCAGGGCAGCAGGGCCUGUUCUUUACCCUGUUCCUGGGCAUGUACCUGACCACAGUGCUGGGCAACCUGCUCAUCAUCCUGCUCAUCAGGCUGGACUCCCACCUACACACACCCAUGUACUUCUUCCUCAGCCAUUUGGCCUUCUCUGACAUUUCUCUGUCAUCUGUCACUGUUCCUAAGAUGCUAAUGAAUAUGCACACAGGGCAACAAUCCAUUUCCUAUGUGGGAUGCAUUUCUCAGUUGUAUUUUUUCAUACUUUUUGCUACUCUUGACAGUUUCCUUCUCGCUAUGAUGGCAUAUGACAGGUAUGUGGCCAUCUGUCACCCUCUACACUACACCACCAUUGUGAGGGAGGAGUUGUGUGUGCUGCUGUUGGCUGCCUCAUGGAUUACUGCAUGGGCCCAUGCACUGUUGCACACUGUCCUCUUGGUCCGACUGUCCUUCUGUGCCAACACUGUUAUUACCCACUUCUUCUGUGACCUUACUGUGCUCCUGAAGGUCAGCUGUUCAGACAUCUACCUCAAUGAGCUGGUCAUCUUCACUGAGGGAGGAAUGUUUAUUUUCUUGCCUUUAGCUAUUAUUUUGGGCUCAUACAUUCAUAUAGGGACUAUUAUCAUGAAGGCUCCCUCCACUAAGAGACUGUUGAAAGCUUUUUCUACCUGUGGCUCCCAUCUCUUUGUGGUGUGUUUAUUUUACGGGACAUUUGCUGUUGUUUACCUUUUCUCCUCCUCAUGGGAUUCCAAAGACAUCAUUGCUUCAGUCAUGUAUACGGUAGUCAUCCCAAUGCUGAACCCGUUCAUCUAUAGCCUGAGGAACAGAGAUGUAAAGCAGGCCUUAGAAUAUUUGUCAACCAGGUUAAAGAAGUUAAUAUGUCAAUGA